AUGGAUGACUCAGAGCACAUCGAAAGUGUCACAGACCUAAUGGAGAAGUCCAGGUACAUCUGGCAAAAUCACCGCUUAAAAGAUGGUCCAUUCGAAAACCUGAUCAUUUUGACUGUGCUGAAGGUGUUCAUCACCUUCAAACAGCAGUUUAUUUCUCAUCAGUUGGGGGAGACUUGUCUUGAUGAUUUCAAGAACCUCAAUGAACAUCACAAGCUUAUUGCCCUUGCCCUAUCAGUGAUUCACUGUGCACUUGAGAGUGUUAUUAAUCUAGUUGAAUUUUCUGCUGAAUGCUUUGCAGAAAUACAUGAACAUCAUCUAUUCAACAUUGCCGAGUUUUCAUCAAAAAGACAAGACGAUGCAAGAACUCAAAAGGGAUCAUAUGUCUGA